AUGGUUUCCGAUACAAUCAACGACGACAACUACGAAGUAUCCAAACAAGCUUAUCAGUAUGAUGAAGUUCCAGAAAACAAAUCAUGGGCUGCUACUUUGCCUGUGAAGCAAGGUCUUUAUGAUCCUGAGUAUGAGAAAGAUGCUUGUGGUGUUGGUUUUGUUUGUAACAUCAAAGGUGUAUCAAGUCAUAAGAUUGUCAGUGAUGCUAAAUAUUUGCUAUGUAAUAUGACACAUAGAGGUGCUGUUUCCAGUGAUGGUAAUGGUGAUGGUGCUGGUAUAUUGAUGGGUAUAAGUCAUAGGUUCUUCCAUAAAGAAUUUAAGUAUCUUUUAGAUUUAGAAAUCCCAAAUGAAGGUCAAUAUGCUAUUGGUAACAUCUUCUUCAAAAAGGAUGAAGAUAUCCUUGCACAAUCAAAGGAAACUUUUGAACAAUUAGCUAAACAACUUGGGUUAUUGGUCUUGGGAUGGAGAAAAGUUCCAACCGAUUCUUCAAUUUUAGGUACUUCAGCAUUAUCAAGAGAACCAAUAAUUUUGCAACCAAUAGUUGUACUUGCUGAAAUGAAAGAUGAUCGAUCAAUAACAACAGAAGAAUUUGAAUCCAAAUAUGAAAACAAAUUACAAAAACAAUUAUACAUAUUGAGAAAACUAGCUACAAAUUCUAUUGGAUUACAAAAUUGGUUCUAUGUCUGUUCUUUAUCGAAUAAAACCAUUGUUUAUAAAGGUCAAUUAACACCAAGUCAGGUUUAUAACUAUUAUCAUGAUUUACAAAAUGCUGACUAUGAAUCACAUUUUGCACUUGUUCAUUCUAGAUUCUCAACAAAUACAUUCCCAUCCUGGGAUAGAGCUCAACCUUUAAGAUGGCUAGCACAUAACGGUGAAAUCAAUACUCUUAGAGGUAAUAAGAAUUGGAUGAGAUCAAGAGAAGGUGUUAUGGAAUCUAGAGUGUUUGGUGAAGAAUUGGAUAAAUUAUAUCCAAUUAUCGAAGAAGGUGGUUCAGAUUCUGCUGCUGUUGAUAAUGUCUUGGAACUAUUAACUCUUAAUGGUGUUUUAAGUUUACCUGAAGCUGUUAUGAUAUUAGUUCCAGAAGCAUGGGAAAAUGAUAAAAAUAUGGAUUCCAAAAAGAAGGCUUUUUAUCAAUGGGCUGCUUGUUUAAUGGAACCAUGGGAUGGUCCUGCGUUAUUCACUUUUACAGAUGGUAGAUAUUGUGGUGCUACAUUGGAUAGAAAUGGGUUAAGACCAUGUCGUUAUUAUAUCACUGAUGAUGAUCGUAUUAUUUGUGGUUCAGAAGUUGGUGUAAUCCCAAUCAGCAAUCACUCUAUUUUGUCUAAAGGAAGAUUAGAACCAGGAACUAUGUUGUUAGUUGAUACCAAAUUAGGUAAAAUUGUUGAUGAUAAAGAACUGAAAAAUUCCGUUGCAACAAAGUUUGAUUUCAAAACAUGGCUAUCCAAAAUUAUCAAAUUAGAAAAUUUGUAUCCUAAGCUUGAAAGCAAAAAUAUCAAACUCAGUGAUCUUCCAAUCAUUGAUCCUUCAUAUACUACUCAAAGUGAUCCAAGAUUAAUGGCUUUAGGUUAUACAUUUGAACAAUUGGCGUUAUUAUUAGGUCCAAUGGCAUUGAAAGGUGAAGAAGCAUUGGGAUCUAUGGGUAAUGAUGCACCAUUACCAUGUUUGAAUGAAAAUCCAGUAUUGAUGUAUGAUUAUUUCAAGCAAUUAUUUGCUCAAGUUACAAAUCCUCCAAUCGAUCCAAUUCGUGAAGCUAAUGUUAUGUCAUUAAAAUGUUUUGUUGGACCUCAAGGUAAUUUAUUAGAAAUGACUGCUACACAAUGUGAAAGAUUAUUAUUGGAAUCACCAAUUUUGAAACCAAAACAAUUUAAAGCUUUACAAAAUAUUUCUGAAGUUAUACCAUCUUGGAAAGUUGCCAAUAUUGACAUCACCUUUGAUAAAGAAGAUGGAUUAUUAGGUUAUGUUGAUACAAUUCAAAGAAUUACAACCGAAGCUUCUGAAGCUAUUUAUGAUGAUUGUCAAAUCAUUGUGUUAUCAGAUAAAGCAAUUGGUAAAACUCGUGUUUCAAUAUCUGCGCUAAUCGCUGUUGGUGCCAUUCAUCAUCAUUUGAUCCGUCAAAAAUUACGUUCAAAAGUUGCAUUAGUCUUAGAAACUGGUGAAGCUAGAGAAGUUCAUCAUUUCUGUGUCUUGCUAGGUUAUGGUGCAGAUGCUAUAUAUCCAUAUUUGGCUAUUGAGACCUUGAUUAGAAUGAAACAUGAAGGUUUAAUCAGAAGUGAUGAUAUUACUGAUACCAAGGUUAUGGAUAAUUAUAUUAAAGGUUCAAGUUCCGGUAUAUUAAAAGUUAUGUCUAUGAUGGGUAUUUCCACUUUAGCUUCAUAUAAAGGUGCACAAAUUUUUGAAGCUUUAGGUAUUGAUAAUUCUGUCAUUGAUGUUUGUUUUAACGGUACUGCAUCAAGAAUUAAAGGUGUCACAUUUGAAUAUAUUGCACAAGAUGCGUUUUCAUUACAUGAACGUGGUUAUCCUUCAAGAAAAACUCAAAAACCAAUUGUUUUACCAGAAAGUGGUGAAUAUCAUUGGAGAGAUGGUGGUGUUAGACAUAUCAAUGAUCCAGUUUCAAUUGCUUCAUUACAAGAUGCUGUUCGUAAUAAAAAUGAACAUGCUUUUGAAAUUUAUACCAAAAAAGAGAUUGAAGCUAUAAGAGAUUGUACAUUACGUGGUAUGUUAGACUUGGAUUAUGAAAAUUCAACACCAAUCCCAUUAGAUCAAGUUGAACCUUGGACUGAAAUUGCACGUCGUUUUGCAACAGGUGCGAUGUCAUACGGUUCUAUUUCAAUGGAAGCACAUUCAACAUUAGCUGUUGCAAUGAAUAGAUUGAAUGCUAAAUCUAAUAGUGGUGAAGGUGGUGAAGAUCCAGAAAGAUCCAUCGUCAAUGGAAACGGUGAUUCUAUGAGAUCAGCUAUAAAACAAGUUGCAUCUGGUAGAUUUGGUGUCACAUCUUAUUAUUUAUCAGAUGCUGAUGAUUUACAAAUCAAGAUGGCACAAUCUGCUAAACCAGGUCAAGGUGGUGAACUUAGAGUUUAA